CCGCGACUCAGCGGGGCGUGGCCAGGCGAUGGCGACCGCGGAGCCCAGCGGGCCUGAGGUGAGGGCGUCUCAGCCGGCACCCCGGCCCAGCGGAACCGGAGCUGCGGGGCCGCCCACCGAGCGAAGCGGCAUUGGAGUCCCCUGGCUGGGGGAGCGGACCCCGGCGGCUGUGGAGAAGCGGGGGCCGUACAUGGUGGCGCGCGCGCCUUCCAGUCAGGCCAAGCUGCAGAAGCACCGGGACCUGGCUAAGGCAGUUCUGCGGAGAAAACGCAUGCUGGGGGCCGCGCCGAACCGCCCCGACUCUUCAGGGAAAAGGUCAGUGAAGUUUAACAAGGGCUAUACUGCACUUAGUCAGAGUCCAGAUGAAAACCUGGUGUCCCUCGACUCUGACAGUGAUGGGGAGCUGGAAUCCAGAUACUCCUCCGGGUAUUCCUCUGCAGAGCAGGUGAACCAGGAUGUGAGCCGGCAGCUGCUCCAGGAUGGGUACCACCUGGAUGAGAUUCCAGAUGAUGAGGACUUGGACCUCAUUCCCCCCAAGCCUAUGACCUCCUCAACAUGCUCCUGCUGCUGGUGCUGUCUUAGGGAUGCUUCCUUCUGUACCCUCCAGUAGACAUAACCCCCUAAGAUGGGCCCUGCUCACCAUGCCUGCAGAGUCCUGCUGGCCCUUCAUCGGUCACAGAUGUGGGAACCCCCUAAGAUGGGCCCUGCUCACCAUGCCUGCAGAGUCCUGUUGGCCCUUCAUCGGUCACAGAUGUGGGAACCCCCUAAGAUGGGCCCUGCUCACCAUGCCUGCAGAGUCCUGUUGGCCCUUCAUUGGUCACAGUGCAGUGGGAACUGCUGUCAACCCCAGAAUCACUGGAGACACUGACCCUCUGGGAAAGUCAGUGACCGCAGUUACCCCAUACCUGGUGCUUCUCAGGCCAGAGGCCCCCAUCUGGGCCAUAGGGGUAGGUGGAAUUCUGCAGUUUUCCUCUGCUGUUGGAGUAGAGUUUGGAGAAACCACUUUAGUAAGGGAAGGAACAGAGGAAUUCUGGUUCUUACAGUGAGUGACAAAGUUGGCUAAGAGAAAAACUUGCAGAUAUCUUGAGUGGUAUUUGUCACCAUGCCCUAUAGAGGGGAAAGGAGAGCUUCUGCGCCCAGGCUGUGCUGGAUGGUGUUGUGUGGAGGCAGAGAACAGCACUUUAUGGCUUGCAGCUGGGAGUCUUUGAAAAAGAAUUUAACUAUUUGGGACCAAUCCAGUUCAAGAAAUUCCAUAUGCUCUCCUCCUCUUCCUAGCUCCAAGAUGGGUUACCUGUUUGACCUUCAAAGGAACAUAAAGCAGGGCCCUUUGGCCCUCUUCCAGUUGUUCCUGUUUGACUGUACAGCAGGUUGCUUAAUGGCACAACUUGAUCAAGGCUUCCAGAAUCCCUGGAAGCAGAGCAUUCCCAUCUGGUCCAACUGUCUGGGUGAGCUUAGAAACUUGGUCCGUCCAUCCUUAGAGAAAAAUUGCUGUACUGUGUAGACAAAAUUUGUCUUUCCUUGGUUGCCAUUCUUCACCUUGGUCUUAGCUAGUAUCUUCACCCAGUCCUUGAGCUAAGGUUGGGUGAAGGUUCUGGAGCUCGCCCCGGAAGCCUGCACUUUUUGCUUACCAGCAGAGGGAGCUGCAGGAGUAGUUAGGUGCCUUCCCAUUUAACUUUUUUUUUCCCCCCCACCCCGGCCGCACCGCGGCUUGUGGCAAUGUUGGUUCCCCAACCAGGGAGGGAUGAAACCCAGGCCCCUGCAGUGGAAGCGUGGAGUCCUAACCACUGGACCGCCAGGGAAUUCCCCUAUUUGUUUAACUUUUUAUACUUGAGGAGCAGCAAUGGGUGAGAAGUAUACUGGUGCAGAUAUGUGGGCUUUGACAGAGACAGAGGCUCAUAGGCAGGAUAAGGAGGAGGGACCUGUGAAAGCUCCCACGGCCCCCACCUGAGGAAAUAAUCUUGCCAUUGCAGAGGGCCUCCCUUCACCCUAGGGAAAGCCAUUCUGUUGCAUCUAGAUUCCUCUGACCACAGCAUGGGCCUCAUAGUGGAUACUCAGGAUUGGGCUUUACAGUAAACCUCUGGGUGCAAUACAGCCUCUUUCAGUCCCCAGUUUGAACACACCAAAAGGCCGGCAUAAUCUCCCCUGUGACCCCCAGUAGAUAGCAUCUCUUGCUAUACCAGACCUCUCUCUGGAAUUUAAUUUUUUAGUGGUUCUCUUUUUUUUUGGCCUUACCUAAAACCAAAUGGGACUGAAUGGGAGUGGACAGGGUUCCCAGCCUAAGGGGUAGGGUAGUCAGGAUUGAGGUGUGGCCCCAACUUGGGAACUUGCCCAGUCUGUUGCUUUAUUUGGUUAGGACAGAGUAGCCUGAGUGUUUGACAGCUGCUGGGGGUGAGGAUGGCAGCAGGACCCCAAGAACAAGGCCCUCCGGUAGUUGCUGUUAUAAAGCCACACUGGUGUAUUUGGCUGCACCUCUCCCCGGAAUGUUUCAGAGCUGGUUGACCCUGUGUGGAAGGCAUUACCUUCGUAGAAAAAGUUGCAGGAACAUUGUACAGCAAGGAAGGGUAGAAAUGGUCGAUUGCUUGGAGCUAGAAGCCACGAAUGUCACGAAUAAAGCCUAAUGUCACGAAUAAAGGCACCAAGGUGUCUAGAACCAGACUGCCUUAAUUAAAAGUGCUGGGUGUUUUGCAGGUGACAGCACUCCGAGGAGACAGGGAGGUAUUCAGGCUUACCUCACAGAUGGGAGUGGUACUGUAUGGUGUUUACUCUACAGAACUCUUGGCUUAGGCUUCUAUAGCUCUGUAAGUUUGUGAGAAUAAAUACAAUCAUGCUAGUUGA